CUUUAGAUGUCCAUAUAGUAUAUACACACAAAUUUUAUACAUAUUUUUGGUGAAACAGUAUUUCUGUAUUCUAAUUGUAAUCUCGCCUUUUCUGUUAUUUUCGAAUGAGCUCUUUUUGCCAUUUCAACUGCUUAGGUGUCAGAUGUCAAGCAUAAUUCUUGAAUUACAAUAAUAUUUUCAUUCGAUUUUUGUUGCGCUUCAGAUAGAGACAGCAUUGUCUUGAUAUCCCUGCUUUUCGAGCAAAGUUUUCUAGAGAGCCAGCCUAAAGAUGCCGAGGAGUCGCUGGGGGGAGUCAAUAAAGUCCUUGGGGAGUAGUCAUAUUGAUCCUGAGAAAGAUGAACAACUGAAGAUGACUAAAAUAGAAAUAGAAAAUAAAGUAACAAAGAUUAUGAAGCUUAUAAAGAAGAAGAACCAAGCCAAGAGAGAUGGGAACUCGGCAACAGACUUGGAACUUAAUGAACUUAUCGAUGAUUUUCACAAACAGUACCAAUCACUCUAUGAACUUUAUAGUAAUCUCAGAGAAGAGGUAAGAGAAAAAGUUCACGGCAAAGAAAACAAGGAGGGCUCUUCUUCUACCUCCAGCUCUGACACAGAAUCAUAUCAUUCUGUUGAUGAAGCAAGCGCUAGAAGCAGUCCGAGGAAUAAAUUUAACUCUAUAAUCGAAGAAAAGGAAGCUUUACAUACGGAAUACAUGGCAUCUCCAAGCAAAGUAAAAGAAUCCGAGAAAACGAUUAAGGAGUUAAUGAUUGAAGCAGAGGAAACAGAGACCACGAAACAGAAACUCAUGAAAGAAUGUGGCCAAUUAAAGGAGAAAUUGGUUGAAAGAGAGAAGGAAUUGUUUUCCCUCUCUAGUGCAGCACACCAGGUUAAUGAGAGUAAAGUACCGACUCAGAUAAAGGAAUUAGAACGCAAAGUUUCUAGCUUGAAACUUGAGAACAAAAACUUGUGCACCCGAAAGAGAGAACUUGAAGAGAAAGUCAAAGGUCGAGCCAAGGAAGCUAAACAACUAGGAGAGGAAAAUUCAGGGCUGCGAUCCCGUAUUUUAGAACUUGAAAUGACAUCCAAAGAGAAAGAACAUACACUUGCUGCUCUUCGAAGGAAACUUGAGGAAAAUGAGAGUAACUCAAUGUCUAAGAUUGAGGAUUUGAUGGCACGCACCAACAAUUUGCAAUUGGAAGUGGACACUUUGCGAACUCAAAAAGGCGAAAUGGAAGAACAAGUGUUGUUCAAGAGCAAUGAAGCAUCGGGUGAAGUCAAGGGCGUACUGGAUCAGAUUAAUGUUUUACAACAGGAGCUGCAUUCCUUAACCAGCCAGAAAAGUGAAUCAGAAUCGUCUGUACAGAAAGUAACUCAAGAAAUAUCACAUUUCCUCAUCCAGAUAGAAAAUUUGAAAAAGAAGUUAGAAAGCAAGACAAUGGAUUUACAGAGAAUGCUAGAAGAGAAAGUGGGCUUAGAGAGACAAGUGAAGGACCAGGAGCUAGAAGUGGGUUCUCUACGCAGCAAGAAAAGUGAGUUGGAAGAACAGAUGAGAAGUAAAAAUUAUGAGGCUGAUCAGUUGAGAGAAGAAAAAGAAGGGUUACAUGUUAGAAUCUAUCAGUUGGAGAAAUCAUUAAAGGAGAGGAUUGAUGAACUCUCUGCUCUCCAAAUGAAGUUUGAGAAUUUUGGGAAUGAUUCAUCUUCUCAGAUUAAGGCCUUAGUAGCAGAGUUGGAUUCAUUACGGGGUGAGAAAACCCAACUGGAGUUGAAGAUUGAAAGAGAGAAACAAGGCUUAAUGGAGAGAUUGACUUGGAUGGAGAAACAGAACAUUGAAUUGACAAGCAAGACCACGGAACAUCAAACAACUAUGAAAGGCCAAGAAGCUAUUAUCAACAAGUUGAACGAUGAGCACAAACAAGUUAGAGAUCGGUAUCUUGAGUCCAUGCUGAACCUGCAAAUUGCAGAGAGAAAGAUUGAAGAGACUGCAGAAGAAUUUCGCAAGAAAUUUGAAGAUAGUCUCCGUAUCUUGAGCAGGAGGAUCCGUGUUGCAGAACAGUUACACGUGGAGAACAAAGAUGUGUACAGAAAGACGAAAGAGACAUACGAGAAACAACAAACGGACCUCAAAGAAAGGGUUGCAACUUCUGCAAUCGCGGUCAAGAAAAUGAAGGAAAUUUCGCUGACGGCAAAUGAUAUCUUGACUGGUUUAGAUGUGGUGGCACUGAAAUUCGAGGAGUGUAGUGGGAACUUCUUGAAUCGAAUUUCCAAGACUUCUUGUGAAGUCUUGUUUGCGAAGGAUUGGGUGAGAAGGAAAAACAACGCGAUAAAGCACGUUCAGGAAGACGUGGAUUGUCUGCUUUCACAGCUGGAUACGAAGGAAGCAGAGAUAUUGGGACUGAGAGAGAAGGUUUGGAAGUUGGAGAAUAUGGUGAGAGAAUUGAAGAAGACGGUGAAAGAGAAAGAGGAAGGAAUGUUGGGUAUGAAGGAGGAGAAGAGAGAGGCUAUAAGACAGUUAUGUGUGUGGAUUGAUUAUCAUCGUAGUCGAAGUGAUUAUCUCAAGAAAAUUCUCUCUGAUAUGAUUGCUGUUAGAAGCCAGAGGACACCAUAGAACAUUUUCUUGAUUGUUUUCCAUUCAAUUUUUGGUAACUUUUUCUUAAUGAAUCAUUAACAGUUUUGUUCAUUCUUUCAACUAGACAGUUGGUGCCUACUGA